AUGGAGGGCGAUUUUGCCCAGAAGAAAGCUGAGUGCUCAUUUUGUUUUACUCGGUUCGGUCACCGAUCGUCCCUUGUCCGCCAUAUGAGGAACAAUUGCAACCAGUCUCGGCAGCAACCCAGGCGGCGCAAAUCCUGCGUUCAAUGUGUCUCAGAUAAGACAAGAUGCAAUUUAAAUCGUCCCCGUUGCUCGCGGUGCCAUAUGCGCAGUAUAUCUUGCACCUAUGCCGGUGCGGCAUCACCCGAUUCUCCUGCCACAGAAAUCAGUGAAACCAUUCCUGGAGAUGUCAUUCAGCUAGAUCAUCCUGCUGAGGAAAUUAUGAGGUUACAACAACAACAACAACAACAACAACAACAACAACAACACGAGCCACAAGCAACGUUCGAUGCUAAUCUUUUCGACUGCUUAUUCUCCACCCCAGACACGCCAGAAUUCAUUCAAGCUCUGUCAUAUCCCUUCGCCGAUCCUGAGCCAUACGGAGACAAAGUGUCUCUCGCUCUAGCUACCCACAGCAUGGAGCUUCUCUUUAGGAAUCAGUCUAAGCAACUUGACGACGCGGAACUCGUGGCAGUCUUACAGGCUGUAGUCAUAUAUGCGAUUAUCCUCAUCACCCCAUCAACCAACUCCGACAGCCCACGAGCUGACCAUAACAAGAUCUUCCGAAAAAUGGAGCAGCUCGUUUGGCAUGUCGUUCGCACUGGGCUCUUUCUCCAGGAGGAGAGGGAGCAAACAAGACCAACCUGGGAAGCAUGGGUGCACGUUACUUCCAAACGCCGGGCGGUCCUUGCAUUAUACCUUCUACACUGGGCGUAUUCUGUUCUUCACCGAGUCCCCUGCUUUGACUGCAGAGAUCUGGGAUUUAUGCCUGCGCCUGCAGCCAAAAAACUUUGGCAGAUGCAGACGGAGCAGGAGUGGAAUAAGAGUUACAUUCAAUGGUUGGCGAGAUGGGAUUGUCAGGGGUAUUUGCAAGGCGAGCUUGGUAGCAUUCGGCCAGGUGUGGUUAUGAAUACGAGAGCGGAAAGGUGGUUCGAAGAGACUGAUGAGUUUGGUUUUCUUAUGAUAUCAAUCGGUAUUACCUCCCUUUUCCCUUGA